GGCACCGGCAAUGCGCGCUUAGUGUUGAGGCGGAAGGAGCCGUCCUUUCUGCGUUCGGCCGAGAGGAGGAGGAGGAGGAGGAGGAGGGGAGGGCGGAGUAAUACGGCGUUUCUUUUUGAGUUCUGACCUGCGCUAAAGUGGAGAAAAGUUUCCAAGUUGUCGGGGUGUUUCGAGGCGCGACGCGGCUGCCUUCGAGCUGCGGAUGAAAAAAAACUAAAUAUAUAUUACGGAGUUGGACUAUUUACAUUUAACCGUUUUUGCAAAUAUUUCAAAGAAACCCCGAAUUCAGUGAACUUUAUGUCUCUGUCCUAUCACGGCGUGAUUUCUUGGAACUUUGACCAUUGUGUGAUUUUUUAAUGGAUGAAUUAUUACUAACACUUUGAAGAGAAGCGUCGGAAAAAGAAAUUCCACAAGCAUGGGGAAUUACUCUAUUUGGAUAUUUCUAUGGAUUGUAUACCGUAUCCAGUAUUGCGAAGGUGUGCACUGCGUGGACACCCACCAGCCGUGUGAAAACGAAGGAACGUGCAUCGAGUCCACCUCGCGAUGCGUAUGCCGGCCCGGCUUCAUUGGAGUACUCUGUCAGUAUCAGGACCCCUGUCACCCAUCACCUUGUCUCAAUGGGGCUGCCUGCAAGAGCCAGGUGGUCAGCGGUCGACCACAACACUUCUGUGUAUGCCAGCGAGGAUUUCGAGGCCAGGACUGCUCCCUGAUUGAUGCAUGUGCCACCAGCCCUUGUGCCAAUGGUGCACGCUGCGUCAACUGGAACAACCGCUACAACUGCUCCUGCCCGCCAGGUUUUCAUGGCAAGAACUGUCGCAUCGACAUUGAUGAAUGUCAGAAGCCGGGUCAAUGCCUGAACGGGGGCGCUUGUGUGAACAAGGCUGGCUCAUAUGAUUGCCAGUGUCCGGCUGGUUAUAGCGGGCGCUCCUGCGAGGUGUCCUCUCUGCCCUGCGCCCCCUCCCAGUGCCUCAAUGGGGGUACCUGCCGCCAGACAAGUGAGCGCAGCUAUGAGUGCACUUGCCUGCCAGGAUUUGUGGGGCAUAACUGUGAGGUGAAUGUGGAUGACUGUCCAGGACACAAGUGCAUGAAUGGAGGGAUCUGCGUGGAUGGAGUAAACACCUAUAACUGCCAGUGCCUUCCCGAGUGGACAGGUCAAUACUGCGCAGAAGAUGUAAACGAAUGCCUCAUGCAACCAAACGCAUGCCACAAUGGAGGAACCUGCUUCAACACCAAUGGUGGGCACACAUGCGUGUGCGUGAAUGGCUGGACCGGCGACGACUGCAGUGAAAAUAUCGAUGACUGUGCCAUUGCUGUUUGCUUUAACGGGGCCACCUGCCACGACCGUGUUGCCUCUUUCUUUUGCGAGUGCCCUGUGGGCAAGACAGGUCUGCUUUGCCAUCUGGAUGACGCCUGCGUGAGCAACCCCUGCAAUGAGGGCGCCGUGUGCGACACCAAUCCCCUGAAUGGCCGUGCCAUCUGCACCUGUCCUGCCGGCUUUGUGGGCGGAGCCUGCAACCAGGACAUGGACGAGUGCUCCAUUGGUGCCAAUCCUUGUGAACAUUUUGGCAAGUGCGUCAACACAGAAGGUUCCUUCUUAUGCCAGUGUGCACGGGGCUACACCGGUCCGCGCUGUGAGAUUGACAUCAACGAGUGUCUGUCCGGACCAUGCCAGAAUGAUGCCACCUGCCUGGACCGCAUCGGAGAAUUCACCUGCAUCUGUAUGCCAGGGUACAUGGGCACAUACUGUGAAGUGGAUGUGGACGAGUGUGACAGCAAUCCCUGCGUGAACGAUGGCAUAUGCAGGGACAUAGUCAAUGGCUUCACUUGCACCUGCCAGCCAGGUUUCACUGGUACCAUGUGUCAGAUUGAUAUAGAUGAAUGUGCCAGCACACCCUGUAAGAAUGGAGCCAAGUGUUUUGACCGGCCCAAUGGUUACGAGUGCCGCUGUGCUGAAGGGUUUGAAGGCACACUGUGUGAGAGCAACAUUGAUAACUGUCAGCCGGACCCUUGCCACCAUGGCACUUGUGUGGAUGGCAUCGCCAGCUACACGUGUAACUGUGAUCCUGGAUACACAGGCUACCGCUGCGAAAAUCAGCUCAAUGAGUGCCACAGCAACCCCUGCCAGAACGGUGGCAAGUGUGUGGACCUGGUCAACAAGUACAUCUGCCAGUGUCGACAUGGAACAUCUGGCACCAACUGCGAGAUCAACUUCGAUGACUGUGCCAGUAACCCUUGUGACUACGGCAUCUGCAAAGACGGCAUCAAUCGCUAUGACUGUGUCUGCAAGCCAGGCUUUACGGGCCCUCUGUGCAGGGUCAAGAUUGAUGAAUGCGCCUCGAAUCCGUGCCGGAAUGGAGGGACAUGUAUAGACGAGGAGAAUGGCUUCCGCUGCCAUUGUCCUGAGGGCUUCCAUGACCCUCUUUGCUACUCCGAGGUGGAUGAGUGUAGCAGCAGCCCCUGUGUCCAUGGCACCUGCCGGGAUGACCUGAAUGGGUACAGAUGUGAUUGUGAGCCUGGAUGGGUGGGACCAAACUGCGAUGUGGACCGCAAUGACUGCCAGUCCAGCCCAUGCCAGCACGGGGGCACUUGCAUUGACCAACUCAAUGGUUUCACAUGCAUGUGCCAGUUGGGUUUCAGAGGCCCUCUGUGCCAGGUCAAUAUUAAUGAGUGUGCAUCCAACCCAUGCCUGAACCAUGGCACCUGCGUGGAUGGAGUGGCGAGUUUCACCUGCCUUUGUGAGCUGCCCUACAGUGGUCCCACCUGCAUGGAUGUGCUAACCCCCUGCACACCCAACCCCUGUGACAACCAGGGCAUCUGCAGCCAUACGCCUGACUACCUGAGCUUCCAGUGCAGCUGUCAGCCCGGAUGGCAAGGUCACCAGUGUAAUAUGGACAUUAAUGAAUGCACUGCUAACCCUUGUAAGAACCGUGGCACCUGUACAAACACUCUCGGGAGCUACAUCUGCACCUGCAGGCCAGGGUUCUCAGGGGCUAACUGUGAGAUUGACAUCAAUGAUUGCCUUCCAAACCCAUGUCUGCGUGGAGGCUCCUGCAUGGACGGCAUCAAUUCUUUCACCUGCAGCUGCCUGCCGGGCUUCACUGGGCCGCGCUGCACUGUUGAAGCAGACGAGUGUCAGAGCUCCCCCUGUCUGAAUGGGGGCUCCUGCACAGACUAUGUCAACAGCUACACCUGUAGCUGCAAACCUGGCUUCACUGGCAUCCACUGUGAGACCAACAUCCCUGACUGCACAGAGAGCUCCUGCUUCAACGGGGGCACCUGUAUUGACAAGGUGAAUGGCUACUCCUGCACCUGUCGCUCUGGUUUCACUGGGUCCAACUGCCAGUACGAGGUCAAUGAGUGUGACACUCGGCCCUGUCUCAACGGAGGCGUGUGUCAGGACGGCCUGGAGGCAUUCCACUGUACCUGUCCCAAGGGUUACACCGGCAACCGUUGCCAGGUGGUAGUGGACUGGUGCCGGCUCUCUAAUCCUUGCAAGAAUGGGGGCCGCUGCCGGAAGCAGGAUGCUUCCUUCACCUGCGACUGCACUGGCGGCUGGUCUGGACGAUACUGCGACAUCCCGGGUGUGUCCUGUGAGGUAGCCGCAGUGCAAAGAGGUCUCAGGAUUGAUCAGCUGUGUCAUCACGGCGGUCAUUGCGUGAACACGGGAAAUACGCAUUACUGCAAAUGCCCCACGGACUACACUGGCAGCUACUGCGAGAGUCAGGUUGAUCAUUGCGAGGACAAGCCAUGUCGUAAUGGUGCCACUUGCCGGGCCUACGUGGGAGGAUACACCUGUGAGUGCAUGCCAGGCUACCAGGGGAUGGACUGUGAGAUCGAAAUCAACGAAUGCCAGUCGCACCCGUGCCAGAAUGGAGGAAGCUGCAUUGACCUCGUAGGCCGCUACAUCUGCUCCUGCCCGCCUGGCACUCUGGGCGUCCUGUGCGAGAUAAAUGAAGAUGACUGUAGUUCCUCACCAAGAGCACGAGGGGCGCCCAAGUGCCUUAACAACGGCACCUGUGUAGACCAGGUGGGGGGAUACCGUUGCAACUGCCCCCCAGGGUUCACAGGUGAGCGCUGUGAGGGGGACAUCAAUGAGUGCCGCCCAAACCCUUGCAGUCCCUCCAACAGCUUGGACUGCAUCCAGCUUCCCAAUGGCUACCAGUGUGUCUGCAAGCCUGGCUUCACAGGUCGAAGGUGCCAGAGUAGAUUCAGUGUGUGCGAGUCCCAGCCGUGUCAAAAUGGAGGCGCCUGCUCCCCCUCCCCAAGUACUCCUCUGGGGUACUCCUGUAACUGUCAGUCUGGCUACACUGGCUCCAACUGUGAACGCAGUUUGGUGUCCUGCCGCGAGCUGUCCUGCUACAACGGAGGCAGCUGUGUCCUGACCUUGCGGGGUCCACGCUGCACCUGCCUCCAAGGUUUCGCUGGGCCCGACUGCCAGCAGCGCAGCCCUGACGGCUGUUCCUCUCAGCCUUGCAGGAAUGGUGGCAUCUGCCUGGAGGACUCCAGCUUUCCCUUUUUCCGAUGCCAGUGUCCCAGUGGGCAGAUGGGCAAGCGCUGCGAGCUCACUGAGCAAAAGCCAGUGUGCCCCCUUGCUGAUUGUCAAAGGAAAGCCAAAGACGGCUUCUGCGAUAAGGAGUGCAACACGUUCCUCUGCGAGUGGGAUGGGGGAGACUGCUCGCUGGCUGUGAACCCCUGGGCCAAAUGCAACGACCUUCAGUGCUGGCGCGUCUUCAACAACAGUCAGUGUGACGAAGCCUGCAACCAUGCAGACUGCCUCUACGAUAAUUUUGACUGCAACGGCAGAGUGAGGACGUGCAACCCAAUCUAUGAGGCAUACUGUAUUGACCAUUAUGGAGAUGGACGCUGUGACCAAGGAUGCAACACAGAAGAGUGUGGCUGGGAUGGCUUGGACUGUGCAGAGAAUGUUCCUGAGGACCUGGCAGAUGGUGUCUUGGUGAUUGUGGUGCUCCUGCCUCCAGAAGAGCUGCUCCAGACCGGGACAGCUUUCUUGCAGAGGCUCAGCGCUAUCCUAAGGACCACGCUGCGCUUCCGGCUGGAUCGCAAUGGUGAGGCCAUGAUUCGGCCUUAUACUCGUCUCGAUGCACGACUGAAGCGUGAACUUGGCUCCCAGCUGGAGGUCAUUGGAUCCAUCGUGUAUCUGGAGAUUGACAACAGGCUGUGUGCCCAGGGAUCAAAUGGCUGUUUCCCCACAGCAGAUAGUGCUGCAGAGUAUCUGGGAGCCUUGUCUGCAGUCGAAAUGCUUCCUCUCCCCUAUCCCAUCAAACAAGUUCGAAGUGAAAAGCUGCCUGUCGAUGAGCCGUCUGUGCCAGAUUGGGGCAAGCUACUGCUGAUAGGCGUUGCAGCGCUCUUCCUGCUGGUGAUCCUGGUGCUGGGGAUGCUGAUCGCAAGGCGCAAGCGCGAGCACAGCACCUUGUGGUUCCCUGAAGGAUUCUUGCUCAAGAAGGAGACGAGCAUCAACAAGAGCCGCAGAGAGCCCGUGGGUCAGGACGCUCUGGGCAUGAAACACAUGCCAAAGGCGGUAGAGGAAUCUCUCCUAGGAGAUCACAGUGACCAGUGGCUGGACACAGACUGCCCUGAGGCCAAAAGACUAAAGGUUGAAGAGCCCAGCGUCAUGUCUGACAGCGAGGAUGCUGUUGACUGUCGGCGGUGGACUCAACAUCACCUGGCAGCUGCAGAUAUCCGAAUGCCUCCCUCAAUGGCACUGACACCACCACAAGGGGAAUUUGACAACGACUGCAUGGACGUAAAUGUCAGGGGCCCAGAUGGCUUUACCCCACUGAUGCUGGCGUCUUUCUGUGGUGGUGGCCUGGAGCCGGAUGUGGCGGAGGACGAGGACUCAGAGGAGUCGUCAGCCAACAUUAUCUCGGACCUCAUCUAUCAGGGUGCCUCGCUGGCGGCGCAGACUGAUCGCACGGGUGAGACAGCGCUACACCUGGCAGCCCGCUACGCCCGUGCUGAUGCUGCCAAGAGGCUGCUGGAUGCAGGGGCGGAUGCCAAUGCACAGGACAACACAGGCCGCACGCCGCUGCAUGCUGCUGUGGCAGCUGAUGCACAGGGGGUGUUCCAGAUUCUUAUUCGGAAUCGGGCAACAGACUUGGACUCACGGAUGUACGAUGGGUCAACGGCAUUGAUUCUAGCAGCACGCUUGGCAGUAGAAGGAAUGGUGGAAGAGCUAAUUGCCUGUCACGCCGAUGUCAACGCUGUGGAUGAACUUGGCAAAUCAGCAUUGCACUGGGCAGCCGCCGUCAACAAUGUGGAAGCAACAGUUGCCCUGCUGAAGAAUGGAGCCAACAAAGACAUGCAGGACCUCAAGGAGGAGACACCCCUAUUCUUGGCUGCACGGGAGGGCAGCUGCGAGGCAGUUCGGAUCCUGCUGGCCCACUUUGCCAACCGGGAAAUCACGGACCACAUGGACCGUCUGCCCCGGGACAUUGCCCAGGAGCGGAUGCACCACGACAUCGUACAGCUACUGGAUGAGUACAAUACAGUGCGCAGCCCCCAGGGCCAGCACACCCUCUCCCCACUCAUGUGCCCACCUGGGGCGUUUGCCCCGAGCCUCAAGCAAACGCCUCAGGGGAAGAAGGGCCGCCGCCCACCGGGGACCAAAGGGUCUGGGUUGGGUGGGCUACAGGGUGGCCUGAAAGAGUCAGCAAAGUCUCGCAACAGGAAGCUGACACUGGACAUGCAAAGCUCACUGCUGGAGAGCUCAGUGACCCUAUCCCCGGUCGACUCACUGGACUCUCCCCGUGGAGGUGCCAGCAACGGCGGCUAUGUCACCAAUCCAGCCUCACCAGCUGCUAUGCCCUCCCCGGGCCUGUUCCACCCUUCAGUGUCAAUGCCUGCCACCCCCAUGGUGCAUGGCAUGCUUGAGACAGGUGGCCCCUUCGCUGUGCCCAUGGCCCAGAUGGGCGACCUUGGUGACGGCGCCCUCUCCAUGGGCCGUGUACCUAUGCCACCAGGUGCUCAAGGCUCAUCAGGCUAUGUGCUAAACACCAGUCAGCUAGGCCUUAAUCUGGGCAUGGUAAGUCCUGUCAGCGUGCCUUAUGACUGGCACACCCGCAUGCCCACCACAACACAGUGUGGCCAGCAGAUUGUUGGCCUUGCACACCCUUCUGUCAACACCCAGGCAAGCAUGGCCUCUCAGGGCCCCACAUUGCAGCAGCAGCAGCAACAACAGCAUCAGCAACAACAGCACAACCUUCUUCUCCAACAACAGCGCAUGUUUCAUGGCUCACAGCAGCCCCUCCUGCAGCCCACGCCUGUGUCUACACCACAGUCCUUGAGCCCUGUCAAGCUGCCUUCCAUUGCUGAGCAUCACACUAUGGCCAGUCAACAAAGUUUGGCCUGCAUGGGCACCUCAACUCCACCAGCUACCCAACAGGCUCAACCUGCACCACCACCACCACCUUUCUUCAAGCAACAGGCUCCACAGGUCCAGGCCCCAACCUCACAGCCUGAACAAGCUCAAACCCAACCCUCCCAGCCAUCUCAGGCUCCACCUCCACAGCAGCCUUCAAGUUCUGGUGCAGGCCCUGAGGACUACCCCACCCCCCCAUCCCAGCAUAGCUACAGCUCUGCCCUCGAUGCCACGCCCAAGCAUUAUCUCCACCUGCCAAGUGAGCACCCCUACCUGACCCCCUCGCCUGAAUCACCUGAAGCAUGGUCCAGCCCUUCUCCACACUGUGUGUCCGACUGGUCAGACUCUACCCCCAGCCCAGCUGUGGCUGGCCCUGCCCAGACCCAGAUCCCCCAUGUGCCAGAAUCCAGCAACAAGAUGCAGGUGUUUGCAUGAAGACUCCACCUGAAGGGACUUCCAUGGGAAAAGAAAUGACGACUCCCUUUGGGAAUGGUCAUUUUGUUUUAUCUGUCACCCCCUUUCCAAGAUUUUGAUUGGAUUCGGAUUGACUUUGUAUUAUCCAGUGGACUGUUGGCUUGUUUUCUUUGCAAGCAAACAGGAGGUAAAACAAGUAAAGGGAAAUGUUUGUUGUCUUAAAAAGAGAAGACAAUUUAAUGAAGUAAGACUUAUUGUGUCAAAAAUGGACUUUUAUAAUGAAAAUAUGAAGAAAACUUAAGUCUUUAAUUUCAAAGACAGGGGGAGGUGCUCCUGACACUAACAAACUUUUAAAAAGUAGAUAAAGAGAAAAACAAAACUAUUGAGGGGAAUUCCUCUUUUUUAUUUAUUCUUUUUUUUAUUGUUUCUGUCCAUUACCCUGCAGGUGUGUAAUCCUCCUUUCACAGAAAUCUCUUUUAAAUUUGAGUUAUACCCUAUGCAACACACACUGGCAGUAAACUGAUCCAGACCUUCCUAAUUCAGAGUUCAUAAAAGUGCACCAGUAUGUGUUGUAUUGUGAGCAGAGUCAAUUGGCCAAUUCAAUGUACUCUGUCAUGGUCUGUAUAAAAAAUAUUACAGAUAUAGUCUCCCCGUUUAAAAAUGCUUAAGCAUGAAGUAGAAAGGGAGAUAUUUCACCAGUUUUGACUGAUUUUUCUUUUAUUUAUUUAGGCCAAAUGAACAACAAAUAAAUUAGUAUGAUAAAAUAUGUAGACUUCUCUAAAAUGGCCAACUUUAGUGUUUUGUACUGAUCAAUGCAUGUUUUUUUUUUAUAUAAAAUACACAUUCCAUGUAGGCAUUAUUUCUUUGUAUGAAUGUAGAGGGGCAUUUGUGAAGCACUUCCUGGGUUGUGCUAAAGGGGGCGAGAGUGAGAGGGGCCUCCAACACUGCCUUUUGCUUCUGGUAGCCGGGCAGUAAAACAGGUGAACGACACGAGUAUUAAAUUCUUGACAUUAGGACUGACUCAAAUGGGUUAAAAAUUUUCCUGAUAGACAUUUUAUUGGAGAAAUCCUUCGUUCCUCCAGUCUUGGAGGCUCAAACCUGACAGAUGGACUUGACCUCUCGUAUUGCAUCCUGUUAGAAGUUACUCCCUAGCCGAGGGCAAACUUUAUUGCAAAAAAUGAAAUUUUUGCUAGCUGCAAUUCUGCAUUUCACUGCCAUUUUUUUAUUUGACUUUUUCCGUUUCAUUUGUUUUAAUGGACUAAGCUAUGUUUAUUGGCUGCUACUUUCUGUCACUCCUGAGUGACGCCUGUCACUAGCACACUUCAAACGGACGUUCCAGCUGGGUAUUUGCCAGAUCCCUUGCGUCGUGCUGUAGUGAAACGUAGCUGGCCGAUGGCUGCAGCACUGGGCCAGCUAACCCUAUGUUGAAACCAUGCAACUACUCUGCUGCGGGUCUCUUAGACACCAAAUCCCACUCCGUUUUUUUUUUCUCAGCAACACACCCUUCCUGGUCCUCUCAAAGACUACUGCUGUAUUCAGUUCUCAUCCUGAAAAAUCAUCACCCCGUCUCAAUGGCGCCAGAACUACAGAGGACUCCUUUGCUCCCCCAGAUGAGAGCACUGGUUGUUGAGGACCUGGCAAGAGCUGUGGGAGGGCUAUGCCCUGUCACUCUUCACGGAGGUGUUUUAUGCACUGCUGAAGACAAGACAGCGCCAGAACUGCAGCCUGGUCUAGUAGGCCGACUACCCAGCAAGAAACAGAAUUAAAAGGUUACACUGCUGCUAUAUCCUCUUCACAUCUGCAGCCAACAGCAGAUCACAGCUUGACUCUAGGAUGCCUCCUACUGAGCCUGACUAAGAUAUCCGUGGAAAAACACUAUACGGCCAAAGGGCUUGUUAUUUGUUCCCAGGCAGAAUAGUUCCUUUGAGACGUAACCAGUUGGAUGCUGCCUAGCUAGCAACACACCACUGGACUACCGGUUCAAGGCGUGUUCAGGCAAUGUUUGCUUUGAUAAAUGGAAGCCAAGUGAAGAACUGCCAUAACUGCCAGUAGUUUGUUACAGGCACACAAAUGCAGUAGCUGUUUUUGUGUCUCCCAUCCUUUGUUCUGCUACACUGUGCAUGUCAGAAAUUCCAUUUUACCCUUGUAAAUAUGUUUUGUCUGGAGCAGGUCCACUUGUUUCUGAUGUCUUAUGUUUCUAAAAUGAGUAUGUACUAAAAAAAAGAGCAAAAGGACAAAAAGAACAAACAUGUACUUCCUAUUAGCAUAAUUGUGAAACAGGAUGAGACCAAUAGUUUGGUCCUGUACUAUUAGACACGCUUAGAGCUUUUUUUUUUACUGUUAUUAUUAAUUCUUAUACUUGUUUAAAAGUAGUUUAAAAUCAUUGUACAGAAACUCCUUUUCACUGUUUGCAGCAGGCAAGUUGUAAAAUAAACUACUUCUAAUAAAAUGUAGGUAACUGCA